AUGCAGAAUCCUAUUGUUACCUCCGGUGUGGACCAGGAGAGCCAUCUUACACCGGAUCCAGCUGCCCCGUUCGUCACUGAUGGCUGGGUCGACAUGAACUCCUUCCACCAACCGACGACUAUGCCAGAAUAUGCUGGUUUCAGCUUUUUACACAUUAGUCAUGGCCUACCUUCGGAAUCCCUCGCCCGUCUUGCAGUUGCUCCCGCGGCUCCUCCGCCUGCUCAACCCUUACAUGCCCCUCAACCUCACCCGCAGCUGCAGAUGCUCAUGAUGAAUCCGGCGCCGACGGCAUGGCCGAGUAUGUUGACUAACCCAGCACCGCCUACUUAUGCUCCUCCUCCUCCCCCGCAGGCAGCCCCCCCUGUGCCCAUUCCGCCGAUUCCAGCGCCCAUCAAGAAGUCUGGUACGGGUUCUCAGCCCAGGAAAACUUUGACCGACGAGGACCGCCGCAGGAUGUGCCAGUAUGCAGAGGAGAAUCCUGGUGCGAAGCAAACAGAUAUUGGCGCCCGUUUUGGCGUCGAGAGGAGUACCGUGUCCAAGGUUUUGAGAAAUAAGGACAAAUAUCUGAACCAGGAUGACCGGAGCAGCUCACCCAUCCGGCGACCGCUGAAAGGGAAAGGCGUAGAUAUCGAAAAGGCGCUGUCGAACUGGGUGACCAAGGCUCAAAAAUCGGGCCACACCGUGACCAGGGAUGAGCUGAAGGAAAAGCUGCGCAUGUUCGCUGCUACUCAAUCCGUUAGUGAUUCAGUUCUCAAGUCGUCAUACAAUUCGGCGUGGCUCGACAAGUUUAUGCUGAGGCAUAACAUCAACCCCGGGAGGCUUCUGCGUCGUGCCUCGGAGACGAACAUCACCGACAGCAUGCGUUCCUCGGGUUCUCCCCUGCUGCCGGCGUCUCAGCCAUCGAGUGCCAUUUCCCCCACUUCGCCGUCUGGUCAAUUGUCGCCCCCUUCGUUACCGGCAACUAAGAACGAAGAGGAUAAGGAUGGCAUGAACAAUAUCGUGGACUUCACUAAUGGCUUGUAUAAGAACCCCAAUACACAGAGCACGACAUCGCUAUCCAGUGCCUUCACCGAUACAUCAACUCCUCCUUUCCCCGGGGGCGCGAUCAGCCCAACGAACUCGUUCAACUUUUCUCCCGAUCCGAACACCGGUGCCUUUCAGGUUCCUGUUCCCGGUCCUGGAUUUCAACGUCCCCGGAGCCAAACUUUCCCGACUCUGGAUAUGGAGUACUUGAAUCAGACCCAAUCAGCGGACGCAAACGCUAAGUUCCCUCCGUCUGCCACUCCAUCAUCGGCCCUGGAUUCUGCCGGCACCGAGCCUCCGGUACCGAGCUAUACAUUUGAGCCUACCGUAUCAUCGCCGCGGCUACGUCACAGCAGCAGCAACAGCAGCAUUGCCGGACGUGGAACGACUACUCCGAUUACAAACAGCGCCGUGACGUCGUCACCGGCUUCGCCAACGCAGGAAGACGCCUUCAGGGCUGCAGAUACUCUCCUGUCAUAUCUGAGAAGUUCCAAUGGAUUGGCCGACCAGACCGAGCUCAAGAUUGUAAUGAGGCUGACGGAGAAGCUACGAAUCCAUCAAAGCAAGCCAUCCAUCUCUGUUGGGAUAGGCGGUCUUUCCCGCAUUCCCGAAGGCGACAACGAGAUGGCCAGCGCUCCGCCCGUGAUGAAGAUGGAGACGACUAUGAGUGCGUAG